GCCCUGGACCUUUUAAUUCAGAAGUUUGCCCACGUUUGGAGGGAGCAGCGGGACAAGGAAGUAAGACGCGUUUAAGCAACACCACCCCGGGUGCCCUAGCUGCUCGUCCGCAGCUCCAACACCGUCAAAGGGCAGCCGGACAGCACGGUCGGGCCUCGGGAGGCGCCUCGGUGGAGAGGCGGCGCGUCACGGCAGGGAGAGAAGCGGGCUGCCCGCUGCAGCCCCUCACCGCCCGAGCGAACGGGCCGGGCCUGGCCCGGCUGCGCAGUGUGCCUGGGCAGCGAGUGGCCAGGCCGUGGCGGGGGAGAGGGGCAAAAGCUACACACCCAGAAGAAGGCCGUCCAUGUCAAAGAUCAGGUAACUCACCGUUGGGCAUCAAGAUUGCUGAAAUACUAGUUGCAGAAGCAGCUAUGGAAAGAGCUCUGUCAAGCUUAUAAGGGUCCUCGGACUCCCUGGGAGCAGUCAUUUUCCGGGAGUACAGAAGUUUCUAAGACAAUGUACAGUGAACAAACCAGGAUGGGCUACUACUGGGUGUGUUUAUAGGCAGAGAAUCUCUGUAAUUCUAUGCCUCUGAUGGAAAAGUUUGAAAAAACUGAAGUUAUGCUUUAAAAGGGGUUUUAAUGCAGUUUCUCAGAAGUUGCUACAUUCAGCAGGAAUGUUUACCAUGUGUACAGAAGGGGGAAAUAUACCUGAAAUUGGCACUGCGCAUGUUUUCCAGAAAUAUGGUGCAAAGCCACUAGCGUUUGAAAAGCCUAACAGGAGAUCUUGAGUAAUAAACUGAAACAAGUUUGUUACUGCUUUUAGUUUAUUAUUUGGUUAGGCAUGUGUGUAUAGGUGUUAUGAAAACUUACUGGGAUUAUUUCUUACUAGUGAAGUAGCAAUUGUGUUAGCAUUGUAUAGUAAGUUGUCUUUUUCAGUGUUGUCCUUCCUUCCCUCCGCCCUUCUGUUUUCAAUUCACGUGACUGGACUUUGUAUCCAUUUAUCCACAAUCAGUGUAGAGCCAUCUUGUUUGAAAACCAGAGACAGAAACAGAAACAAAUUCCGUGCUGCAAGGUAAAAUGCCCCUCCUGCCCCAAACUCUGUCAUUUAUAUAUAGUUAUAUAUAAUUGUAAACAUUGAGCUCAUGUAUAGUUGGAGUUCAUAUUCUUUCACAGCUCAAAACAAUUUCUUCAUGGCAGGGAAUUAGCAAUUAUUAGAAGUAAUUAACAUACACUGUAUUGUCUUUUCCUCUUUAACUUAAUGCAGUCUGUUUUUAGAUAAGGAAGGAAAAAGGUAAGUUAAUACUGUCUACUCUUGUUUUUAAGAUACUGUCAACUAUGGUGGUAAGUUAUUUUGCAACAAAAUGGACUUUGUUAUUAGGGAUUGCAAUGAGGUAGAACAUUCCCUGCCUGCAACAGGUUAAGGAGUAUGUAAGCUUUACUUGAAUAGUGAAAGCAUUUUGAACAAAAAAGCAAGCAGGGUGUUUGUGAACAAGAACAUUUUCCAGCUGUGAAACAGUGCUUUUUCUCUUACCACUUAAGCUCUGGUUGUUUAAAAAGUAAUGUUAAAAGUGUAUGUAAUUUUGAUUAUGGACUCUUAUUCAAGAAUCAAAUGGAAAUGAAUUGUUAAACAGUCUUGGAGGGGGGUUAGGAUCUAAAAUAAGCUUGUAGUUUUGAAGUGACUAUGGUUUGUGUGCAGUGUAUGUAAUGUGACAAAAUCCACUUGAUUCAAAGCCUGCAAGACUUAACUGUACCUUACAAAGUUAUAUUAAAUAAAUCUAAUGUCUUCCUUUGUGAUCUUUUACAAAUCCAACCUGCUGACUGAGGGUAAACAUAGCUACUGAAAGAAGAGUAUAUAUAAGGGUAAUCUCUGGGAGAGAGGAUGGCAAGGAAUAAUAGGCAAAGAGAAAAGGGUGCUCUCUAGGUGUAUUUUAGUAAAUGCAAACCUGUGUUAAAUCCCUGUCAGACCAGCAGCUGAGGCUGCUUUAACAUCUGGAGAACCACAGAUGUUUGGCAAUAGGGAUUGCUCUAUAUUGCUGGCCAGUGGAAAAGCCUGUGCUGUGAGGAAAGAAGUCAUGUAGGACGAAAGCAGCAAUGUGCAGCAGCAUCAGGAGUUGUAAUGGUAGGGUGAUAACAGCAAUAUCUAGGCAAGCAGAAAUGGAGUUGUUGAGGAGCUGCAUCCAAGAGUGUUUUUAUUCCGCACUGCUGACAAAACUGGCAACUAUGAUGAAGAAAAUUAGAAGCUGUUGACAUGGAUUAGUCAUUUACAAAAGUUACUCUUAGCUACAUAAGAAGCAUCACAUCUCCAGUUCAUACACAAAUAUCAAUCAGUUUACAGAUACAGAGAGACACAGCCUUCUGUGACCACACCGUGAGAGGGCUGAAUGCAAAUCAGUUCCAACCUGGGAAAGAAAUAGUCAUCCUAAUCUGGCACUGAAUCUGACGUGCCUAACCAGUAGGUAGGAUGGAAGACGCCUAUGUCUCUGGAAAAAAAAAACAAAACAACAACGACUAAUAAGCACAUCAAAUAUGCUGCCUGGACCUGAGGAAACAGGAGGAGAACAUCUGGCUCUGAGGACUGGAGAGGAUUCUUAGAAGGUAUCUUACCAGGCAGGAGGAGAAAUAAAAUACUAAAAAAAAACAGCAUUAAGAAAUAGAAGAAGAUGAGACUCCUUUUAUUUCUACUAAUUUGCCAGUGUGCCAUAAACAGUGUCAAAGCAUACAGUGCUUCAAGUCCCAGUGUCAUUUUACUGAUGGCUGAUGAUCUUGGUAUUGGAGACCUAGGAUGUUAUGGGAACAGAACAUUAAGAACCCCUAAUAUUGACAGGCUGGCAGAGGAAGGAGUGACACUUACUCAUCACAUAGCAGCAUCCCCACUUUGUACUCCAAGUAGGGCUGCUUUCCUGACUGGGCGAUAUCCUAUCAGAUCAGGAAUGGCUGCCUUCUCACGAGUUGGUGUUUUCUUAUUUUCUGCCUCUUCUGGGGGACUUCCUUCUGAAGAAAUAACUUUUUCCAGACUCCUGAAGGAGAGAGGUUAUGCAACUGCUUUAAUAGGAAAGUGGCAUCUUGGGAUGAACUGUGAAAUAAGCAAUGACUUCUGCCACCACCCCCUCAGUCAUGGGUUUGAUUACUUUUAUGGGCUUACCGUGACCAACUUGAGAGAUUGCAAACCUGGCCAAGGCAGCGUAUUUUUAAAAGGGGUUCAGAAAUCCCUUGUCAUCCCACUCCAAAUCACUGGAAUCACCCUGGUCUCUUUGGCAGUAGUGCAUUACAUUGGUCUCCUCAGAGUACCUUUCCGAGCACUGGGUUACUGCUUUUUAAUAGCCACCAUUUCACUUGUGGUUUUGAUUUUCUUCUUUUAUCAUUUUCGCCACUUGAAUUGCUUUUUAAUGAGAGACCAUCAGAUUAUCCAGCAACCGCUCUCCUAUGAGAACCUUACUCAGAGACUCACAAAGGAAGCUGUGCAGUUUAUAGAAAGGAACACUGAUGCACGGUUUCUUCUUGUCUUGUCUUAUCUUCAUGUCCAUACUGCUCUAUAUGCUUCAAAAAAUUUCAAAGGAAAGAGCAAGCAUGGUUUAUACGGGGAUGCAGUGGAAGAAAUGGACUGGAGUGUAGGGCAGAUUCUGGAUGUGCUGGACAAAUAUAAUCUGAGUGAUAAAACUCUCGUAUACUUUACGUCUGACCAAGGGGCUCAUGUGGAAGAAAUCUCCAGUUCUGGAGAAGUCCAUGGAGGAUACAAUGGCAUAUAUAAAGGUGGAAAAGCAACGAACUGGGAAGGAGGUAUUCGUGUACCAGGGCUUCUUCGUUGGCCUGGAAUGAUACAGGCUGGUGCCUAUCUUGAUGAACCAACAAGUAACAUGGAUAUAUUUCCUACUGUAGUCAAACUUGCUGAAGCACAAUUACCCUCCAACAGAAUUAUUGAUGGACAUGAUCUGAUGCCCUUACUUCAAGGAAAAGUGACCCAAUCCAACCAUGAAUUUCUCUUCCAUUACUGCAAUGCAUAUUUAAAUGCAGUGCGCUGGCAUCCAAGAAACAGUGAAUCUGUCUGGAAAGUCUUCUUCUUCACUCCAAACUUCAGUCCGGAAGACUCCAAUGGUUGCUAUGAUUCUCAUGUUUGCUUCUGCCAUGGAAGAUUCAUCACAUGGCAUGAUCCCCCACUGCUCUUUGAUCUCUCCACAGACCCUGAAGAGAAAGUCCCACUGACUCCAAAAACAGAGAGACGUUUCUAUGAAAUCCUCAGUGUCAUACACCUAGCAAUAGAAAACCACACCAGAUCCUUGCAUGCUGUCCCUAACCAGCUGUCAUGGGACAACCUUCUCUGGAAACCAUGGCUACAGCUGUGCUGCUCCUCUCUCCUUCAGUCUUGCUACUGUGAUCAUGACUCAUAAAGGAGCCUGCUGGAAGUCAAUUCAGGAUAAAUAAGUUGCAACUCCCUUUCAGAAGCUGGAACAAGAGAGUGUGGGUAACUGACUUGAACCACCAUGGUACCAAACUUCAGAAUGUUUUGUUAUGCAGGAGCACCUGUCU